AUGGACAACCAAGAAAAGACCGUCGACUCGUCGUCGCAGAGCGAAAAGGACAAAGAGUCCACGACUUCGCCAAAAGCGCCUCGACCUCCACCAAUUCUAUGUCUCGGCGCUCCCCGCAAUGGUUCAGCAUCACUUAUGCAAGCGCUGCAAAUCCUCGGAUAUCCCAACGUGCAUCACGGAUGGGAAGCUGCUGAGCAUGAAGAACUCCAAUGGCAAUGGCCUAUUUUCGACAGAGCGUGCGACGCGACAUUCACGAACAUGCCAACAUACCGCGGCAAACCAUUCUCUCGCGCUGAAUGGGACGAGGUGUUUGGGGAAUACGAUGCUGUUUCGGAUGUGGCUUCUUUCUUUGCUGAGUCGCUCAUCCCAGCUUAUCCCGACGCUAAGGUCAUUCUUACCGAGCGUGACGUCGAGAAGUGGUUUCCGAGCAUGAUUGCCGUUGUCAAGGGCUCAACGAGUCCCUUACGACGAAAGCUUGGAGCCAAGAUUGGUGAUCUUUCGGGAUUUGUGAGUCCGAGACCGUGCUACAAGUUUCAUCAGGGCUGGACGAGAGCGCCAUCUCCCAACGACGUUAUCGACUAUCUGAAACCAGCGUAUGCUCGGCAUAAUAAGUACAUUAGAGAUACUGUACCCAAGGAACAGCUUUUGGAUUUCAAGCUUGCGGAUGGUUGGGAGCCGUUGUGUCAGUUUCUGGGAAAGGAAGUUCCUGAUGUGCCGUUUCCGCAUGCCAAUGAUUCAAAGGAGUAUGCGGCGAGGGGGAAGAGAUUGGGAAAUAAGAUGAUCAAGCUUGCUUUGAGGAACCUUAUCUUUCCUUGCUUACGUCCUGAGCCUCCUACCAGGCCCUGA